AUGCUGUACUCUCAUGGAUUCCAGUCUGCCCUCAGUCCAUUCAUGGACUUCUACUGGCCUGUACGCAGUCUGUGGCCACAGGUCAAACCUCUGCUCCACCAGCAGGAUCUACUGCAGAGAAACCUACAGGAGCUCCACAGUCUGGAGCUGAUGGACAAACUUCAACACAAGACCCUGGAGAAGAUGGAGCCUUUCCAAACCAGUGCGGCCCUGCAUCCGGUCUCCUGCCAGCUGGAGGGAGAGGGAGAGCACUUUGGCUUGACCCUGGACACUCGAGGAUUUCCCCCAGAGGAGCUGUCUGUCAGGCAGAUGGGCCGCAAGCUGAGAGUCAGCGGGAAGACAGAGAAGAAGCAGGAGGACGGGGAAGGCUCCUACUCUUACAGACGCCAGGAGUUCAGACAGGAGUUUGAUCUGCCUGAAGGGCCGAACCCUGAGGCCCUCACCUGCUACCUGGAUCCAGACGGGAAGCUCCACAUCCAGGCUGCCAAAGCUCCAUGUGAGGAGGAGGCUGAGAGAGUGCUGACUGUCAAGAGGAGCUUGGAGGAGAAGACACAGCAGAGUGUGUGUUCAGACACAAGGCAGCAGCACACAGGACAAACCUGA